AUGUGUGACAUGGGAGCACUCGAUAAUCUAAUUGCCAACACGGUUUACCUGCAAGCCAGGAAAAGUGUGGAUGGAGAUAUCAAGGAAAUGCGAAAGAGACGACAAAGUUUGUUCCUACCGAGCCAUGCACAAUGUGUUUCAGUGAAGCAAAAUAUUGAUAUUGAAUACGAGAGUGUGUGUGAACAACAACCAAUUGGAAAAAUGUUGUUCCAUCAGCUUACAGCAACAGUCCCAGAAUAUCAGGUUGCUGUUGACUUCAUAAAUGAAGUUUUCAACUUUUACCUUGCUGAGAAUGGAGUAAAGGAGAACCUGCGACAGAACAUUGUAACUAAUUUUCUGAAGCCUGAUUCAAAAAAUUACCUGUCCUUCCUCAGCCAAGAACUGGCUGAUAAGUGUAAAACUGCUGCAGAAAAGGAGUCUGAGGAACUCCUGGCUCUGGUUGAAUCAGAAGCUAAAGCAUUCCUCAAGGGACAAGCUUUCCAGGACUUUCUAAACAGCCCAUUUUUUGACAAAUUCUUGCAAUGGAAAACCUUUGAACGUCAGCCUAUAACUGAAAAAUAUUUUUAUCAAUUCAGAGUUUUAGGCAAAGGAGGAUUUGGAGAGGUGUGUGCCAUACAAGUGAAAAUAUCUGGCAAAAUGUAUGCAUGUAAACAGUUAGACAAGAAACGAUUAAAAAAGAAGCAUGGAGAAGAAAUGGCCCUCCUUGAGAAAGAAAUCUUGGAAAAGGUUAACAGCCGAUUUAUUGUUAAUCUAGCUUAUGCUUAUGAAACCAAGAGCCAUCUCUGCUUGGUCAUGACCUUGAUGAAUGGAGGAGACCUGAAAUUUCACAUUUAUAACAUCGGUGAAAAGGGAAUUGAAAUGAACCGUGCAAUAUUUUACACAGCCCAGAUUACCUGUGGAAUUUUGCACCUGCAUUCUCAGAAUAUUGUGUACCGUGACAUGAAGCCUGAAAAUGUCUUAUUGGAUGACAAUGGAAACUGCAGGCUCUCAGAUCUGGGGCUUGCAGUCAGAAUUAAGGAGGGCAAAGCCAUUAACCAUAAAGCUGGAACUAAUGGUUAUAUGGCUCCAGAGAUUUUAAAAGAAGAAAAGUACACAUAUUCUGUGGACUGGUUUGCUCUAGGAUGCAGCAUUUACGAAAUGAUUGCAGGCAGAACUCCUUUCAAGGAUUACAAGGAAAAGGUCAGUAAAGAUGAAGUGAAAAGGAGAACAUUGGAAGAUGAAGUGAAAUACGAGCACCCUAAGUUCACAGAAGAGUCAAAGGACAUCUGCCAACUGCUUUUGGCAAAAAACUCAGAAGAACGCUUGGGCUGCAGGGGAGAAAAUGAUGACCCUCGGAAACACUCUUUCUUCAAAUCUAUCAACUUCCAACGAUUAGAAGCUGGACUUAUUGAGCCUCCUUUUGUGCCAGACCCCAGCACAGUGUACUGUAAGGAUCUUGGAGACAUUGCUGAUUUCUCUGAAGUCCAAGGUAUUGACAUUGUUGAGAAGGAUAAGCAGUUUUACAAGAAAUUUGCCACAGGGGCUGUCACCAUCCCUUGGCAAGAAGAAAUGAUUGAAUGUGGCCUUUAUGAUGAACUGAAUGAUCCCACCAGGAAACAAUCAAAGGCAAAUGGCACUGAAGAGGCAAAAUCAGGUGUUUGUAUAAUUCUGUGA